AUGCUCCGUACUGCAGAUCAACUCACCAGGUCACUCUGUGAAACUCCAGCUGUCCUUCCUGAGCCCGAUCCAGAAGAUCCUCCGCCAUGUCUAUCAGAUCAUACGCAGGCAAGACCCUGAGCGUCUAUGGUGGAGCAGGUGGGCGUGGCACCCGCAUCUCCUCAGCCCAGAUGAGCUAUGCACCAUCCUCCGGAGGCUUCAACCUGGCCGACGGCCUGCCGGGCCUGGACCUCCACGUGGGAGCCAAUGAGAAGGCCACCUUGCAGAACCUGAACGACCGUCUGGCCUCCUACCUGGAGAAGGUGCGCUCUUUGGAGAAGGAGAACGACCGGCUGGACAGGCAGAUCAGAGAGUGGUACCAGAAGAGAACCAUCAUCAGUCACGACUACUCCGGCUACUUCGCCACCAUCGAUGACCUGAAGGACAAGAUUCGUUUUGCCUCCAGGAUCAAUGCCAAGAUAAUCCUGGACAUUGACAAUGCCAAACUGGCAGCUGAUGAUUUCAAAAUGAAGUAUGAGAACGAGCUGGCCAUGAGGCUGGCUGUGGAGGCCGACAUCGCCGGCCUGAGGAGGGUGUUGGAUGAGAUGAACCUGAGCAGGAUGGACCUGGAGAAUCAGUAUGAGGGCCUGAAGGACGAGCUCAUCAUGCUCAAGAGGAACCAUGAAGAGGAGAUGGCUCUGCUGAGGAGCCAGAUGGGUGGCCAGGUCAACGUGGCAGUGGAUGCCAGUCCAUCCCCAGACCUCAACCAGGCUAUGACGGAUAUCAGGGAACACUACGAGAGCGUGAUCGCCAAGAACCGCAAGGAGCUGGAGGCGUGGUACCAGAACAAGAUCGCAGCAGUGGAGCAGGACGUGAUCACAAACACAGAGAUCCUAGUGACAACUCGCUCAGAGAUCAAGGAGCUGAAGAGCACCCUCCAGAGACUACAGAUCGAACUGCAGUCCCAUUUGAGCAUGAAAGCGUCUCUGGAGGGCACCCUGGCAGAGACCCAGGCACGCUACGCCGCCCAGCUUGCAGGCCUCCAGAACAUGGUGACCAGCCUGGAGGCCCAGCUGUCCCAGAUCCAUGCCAACAUCGCCAGCAACAAGCAGGAUUACGACAUGCUGCUGGACCUGAAGACCCGGCUGGAGCUGGAGAUUGCAGAGUACAGAAGGCUGCUGGACGGGGAGGAUGACAGCUCAAAACAAGUGGUCACCAAGGUCAUCACUGUGGUGGAGACAGUCGUGGAUGGAAAGGUGGUUGAGAGCACAAAGACAGUUGAUGUGGAUGUGGAUGAGAUCGAGUCAUAAUUUGCCACC